AACUCUUCCCCGGAUUCGCCAACUGCCGCGGUUCUCUUGGGAGCUGCUUCCGGUCGCGAGGCCUGCCACGUGAUGCCAACCCAGGGGCGGGAGGAAGCCCGAGGUUCUGGGUGUUGAUUAUGUAACUGCCCAAACCGGUAGAAAUAUACUUUGACCUUUUGCUCACUUUGGAACCCUGAAUACAGACUGAACAGAACCAGAAAGUCUUCAGGUGGCCGCUCUGUCACGUGUCAUCGACGGAGCGCGCUCCCGCUUGGCGCUUGCGUGGAGAGCGGCCCCCAGCUGUUUUUCUCCGUGGCAGCGGCGACGAGCGGAAGUUCUUGGGAGCGCCAGUUCCGUCUGUGUGUUCGAGUGGACAAAAUGGCGAAGAUCGCGAAGACCCACGAAGAUAUUGAAGCACAGAUUCGAGAAAUUCAAGGCAAGAAGGCAGCUCUUGAUGAAGCUCAAGGAGUGGGCCUUGAUUCUACAGGUUAUUAUGACCAGGAAAUUUAUGGUGGAAGUGACAGCAGGUUUGCUGGAUACGUGACAUCUAUUGCUGCAACUGAACUUGAAGAUGAUGACGAUGACUACUCAUCAUCUACAAGUUUGCUUGGUCAGAAGAAGCCAGGAUAUCAUGCCCCUGUGGCAUUGCUUAAUGAUAUACCACAGUCAACAGAACAGUAUGAUCCAUUUGCUGAGCACCGACCUCCAAAGAUUGCAGAUCGGGAAGAUGAAUACAAAAAGCACAGGCGGACCAUGAUAAUUUCCCCAGAGCGUCUUGAUCCUUUUGCAGAUGGAGGGAAGACCCCUGAUCCUAAAAUGAAUGCUAGGACUUACAUGGAUGUAAUGCGAGAACAACAUUUAACUAAAGAAGAGAGAGAAAUUAGGCAACAGCUAGCAGAAAAAGCUAAAGCUGGAGAGCUAAAAGUCGUCAACGGAGCAGCAGCAUCCCAGCCCCCCUCAAAACGAAAGCGGCGUUGGGAUCAGACAGCUGACCAGACUCCUGGUGCCACUCCAAAAAAGCUGUCAAGUUGGGAUCAAGCAGAGACCCCUGGACAUACCCCUUCCUUAAGAUGGGAUGAGACACCAGGUCGUGCAAAAGGAAGUGAGACUCCUGGAGCAACCCCAGGCUCAAAAAUAUGGGAUCCUACACCUAGUCACACACCUGCAGGAGCUGCUACCCCUGGACGAGGCGAUACACCAGGCCACGCGACACCAGGCCAUGGAGGCGCAACUUCCAGUGCUCGUAAAAACAGAUGGGAUGAGACCCCCAAAACAGAAAGAGAUACUCCUGGACAUGGAAGUGGAUGGGCUGAGACUCCUCGAACAGAUCGAGGUGGAGAUUCCAUUGGUGAAACACCAACUCCUGGAGCCAGUAAAAGAAAAUCACGUUGGGAUGAAACACCAGCUAGUCAGAUGGGUGGAAGCACUCCUGUUCUGACCCCUGGAAAGACACCAAUUGGCACGCCAGCCAUGAACAUGGCUACCCCUACUCCAGGUCACAUAAUGAGUAUGACUCCUGAACAGCUUCAGGCUUGGCGGUGGGAGAGAGAAAUUGAUGAGAGAAAUCGCCCAUUGUCUGAUGAAGAAUUAGAUGCUAUGUUCCCAGAAGGAUAUAAGGUACUUCCCCCUCCAGCUGGAUAUGUUCCUAUUCGAACUCCAGCUCGAAAGCUGACAGCAACUCCAACACCUUUGGGUGGUAUGACAGGUUUCCACAUGCAAACUGAAGAUAGAACUAUGAAAAGUGUUAAUGACCAACCAUCUGGAAAUCUUCCAUUUUUAAAACCUGAUGAUAUUCAGUACUUUGAUAAACUUUUGGUUGAUGUUGAUGAAUCAACACUUAGUCCAGAAGAGCAAAAAGAGAGAAAAAUAAUGAAGUUGCUUUUAAAAAUUAAGAAUGGAACACCUCCAAUGAGAAAAGCUGCAUUGCGUCAGAUUACUGAUAAAGCUCGUGAAUUUGGAGCUGGUCCUUUGUUUAAUCAGAUUCUUCCUCUGCUGAUGUCGCCUACACUUGAGGAUCAAGAGCGUCAUUUGCUUGUAAAAGUUAUUGAUAGAAUAUUAUACAAACUUGAUGACUUAGUUCGACCCUAUGUGCACAAGAUCCUAGUGGUCAUUGAACCAUUGUUGAUUGAUGAGGAUUACUAUGCUAGAGUGGAAGGCCGAGAGAUUAUUUCUAAUUUGGCAAAGGCUGCUGGUCUGGCUACUAUGAUCUCUACCAUGAGACCUGAUAUAGAUAACAUGGAUGAGUAUGUCCGUAACACAACAGCUAGAGCUUUUGCUGUGGUAGCCUCUGCCCUGGGCAUUCCUUCAUUAUUGCCUUUCUUAAAAGCUGUGUGCAAAAGCAAGAAGUCCUGGCAAGCAAGACACACUGGUAUAAAAAUUGUACAGCAAAUAGCUAUUCUCAUGGGCUGUGCCAUCUUGCCGCAUCUCAGAAGUUUAGUUGAAAUCAUUGAACAUGGUCUUGUGGAUGAGCAGCAGAAAGUUCGGACCAUUAGUGCUUUGGCCAUUGCUGCCUUGGCUGAAGCAGCAACUCCUUAUGGUAUCGAAUCUUUUGAUUCUGUGUUAAAGCCUCUAUGGAAGGGUAUCCGCCAACACAGAGGAAAGGGUCUGGCCGCUUUCUUAAAGGCUAUUGGGUAUCUUAUUCCUCUCAUGGAUGCAGAAUAUGCCAACUACUAUACUAGAGAAGUGAUGUUAAUUCUUAUUCGAGAAUUCCAAUCUCCUGAUGAAGAAAUGAAGAAAAUUGUGCUGAAGGUGGUAAAGCAGUGUUGUGGAACAGAUGGUGUAGAAGCAAACUACAUUAAAACAGAGAUCCUUCCUCCUUUUUUUAAACACUUCUGGCAACACAGAAUGGCUUUGGAUAGAAGAAAUUACCGGCAGUUAGUUGAUACUACUGUGGAGUUGGCAAACAAAGUAGGUGCAGCAGAAAUUAUAUCCAGGAUUGUGGAUGAUCUGAAAGAUGAAGCUGAACAGUACAGAAAAAUGGUGAUGGAGACAAUUGAGAAAAUUAUGGGCAACUUGGGAGCAGCAGAUAUUGAUCAUAAACUUGAAGAACAACUGAUUGAUGGUAUUCUUUAUGCUUUUCAAGAACAGACUACAGAGGACUCAGUAAUGUUGAACGGCUUUGGCACAGUGGUCAAUGCUCUUGGCAAACGAGUCAAACCGUACUUGCCUCAGAUCUGCGGUACAGUUUUGUGGCGUUUAAAUAACAAAUCAGCAAAAGUUAGGCAACAGGCAGCUGACUUGAUCUCUCGAACGGCUGUUGUCAUGAAGACUUGUCAAGAGGAAAAAUUGAUGGGGCACUUGGGUGUUGUUUUGUAUGAGUAUUUGGGCGAAGAGUACCCUGAAGUAUUGGGCAGCAUUCUUGGAGCACUGAAGGCCAUUGUAAAUGUAAUAGGUAUGCAUAAGAUGACUCCACCAAUUAAAGAUCUGCUGCCUAGACUCACCCCCAUCUUAAAGAAUAGGCAUGAAAAAGUACAAGAGAAUUGUAUUGAUCUUGUUGGACGUAUUGCUGAUAGGGGAGCUGAAUAUGUGUCUGCAAGAGAAUGGAUGAGGAUUUGCUUUGAGCUUUUAGAGCUCUUAAAAGCUCACAAAAAAGCUAUUCGUAGAGCCACAGUCAACACAUUUGGUUAUAUUGCAAAGGCCAUUGGCCCUCAUGAUGUAUUGGCUACACUUUUAAACAACCUCAAAGUUCAGGAAAGGCAGAACAGAGUUUGUACCACUGUAGCAAUAGCUAUUGUUGCUGAAACAUGUUCACCCUUCACAGUACUACCUGCCUUAAUGAAUGAAUACAGAGUUCCUGAACUGAAUGUUCAAAAUGGAGUGUUAAAAUCACUUUCCUUCUUGUUUGAAUAUAUUGGUGAAAUGGGAAAGGACUACAUUUAUGCUGUAACACCUCUCCUUGAAGAUGCUUUAAUGGAUAGGGACCUUGUACACAGACAGACGGCUAGUGCAGUGGUGCAACACAUGUCACUUGGGGUUUAUGGAUUUGGUUGUGAAGAUUCACUGAAUCACUUGUUGAACUAUGUAUGGCCCAAUGUGUUUGAGACAUCUCCCCACGUAAUUCAGGCAGUUAUGGGGGCCCUGGAGGGUCUGAGAGUUGCUAUUGGACCAUGUAGAAUGCUGCAGUAUUGUUUACAGGGUUUGUUUCACCCAGCCCGGAAAGUCAGAGAUGUGUAUUGGAAAAUUUACAACUCCAUCUACAUUGGUUCACAGGAUGCUCUCAUAGCACAUUACCCAAGAAUCUACAAUGAUGAUAAGAACACCUAUAUUCGUUAUGAACUUGACUAUAUCUUGUAACUUUAUUGUUUAUUUUGUGUUUAAUGCAGAGCUGUUUCACACCUUAAACUUGCUUCGAUUUGGUGAUGUAAACUUUUAAACACUGCAGAUCAGCAUAGAACUGGUCAUAGAGGAAGAGCUAGAAAUCCAGUAGCAUGAUUUUUAAAUAACCUGUCUUUGUUUUUGACGUUAAACAGUAAACGCCAGUAGUGACCAAGAACACAGUGAUUGCACACACUAUUCUGGAGGGCUUUCAUUUUUAAUUCAUCUUUAUGAAGAUUUAGAAUUCAUUCCUUGUGUUUAAAGGGAAUGUUUAAUUGAGAAAUAAACAUUUGUGUACAAAAUGCUAA